GCGCGCAGGCGCGCGGCCCCCUUUCCCUAGCUGCCGCUAAGGUGCUCGGUUCUUCCGAGGAAGCUAAGGCCGCGUUGGGGUGAGGCCCUCACUUCAUCCGGCGACUAGCACCGUUCCCGGCAGCGCUCGCCCAGCACCCACCCUCGCCAUGGCCUCCGUGUCGGAGCUCGCCUGCAUCUACUCGGCCCUCAUCCUGCACGACGAUGAAGUGACGGUGACGGAGGAUAAGAUCAAUGCCCUCAUCAAAGCAGCUGGUGUAAAUGUUGAGCCUUUCUGGCCAGGCUUGUUUGCAAAGGCUCUGGCCAAUGUCAACAUUGGGAGUCUCAUCUGCAAUGUAGGGGCUGGUGGACCUGCCCCUGCAGCUAGUGCUGCACCAGCAGGAGGUCCUGCUGCCUCCACCGCUGCUGCCCCAGCUGAGGAGAAGAAAGUGGAAGCAAAGAAAGAAGAAUCUGAGGAGUCUGAUGAUGACAUGGGCUUUGGUCUUUUUGACUAAACUGGCUCUUUUGUAACACAGUCAAUAAAAGCUGACCUCUGUU